GAGAAAAUGUUGGUGAACAAUGUCGAGUUCAAAGGCUCCCGCGAUUGAGAGGAGUCCGCUGCUUCUAGCGUUGCUCCUCUGCCUUCCGUUACUAAGUAACGGUUACCUGCUGCUCGUGACCGAAGAUCAGGCGUCCGGAGACGUCAUCUUCGACGCAUCUGUUUACAGAUUGGGUUCUGAGCGCAGCUACAAGGUCAAUCACGAGAGAUCGGCAUCGUUCGUCGACGACCUCAUCGAAGUCGACCCCCACGAUGGAAUCGUCCGUCUUCUGCAGCCUCUGCACUGCAACUCCUUAUACUACCCCAAUCUCUUCACCGUUCACAUCGACUCCACAUCGAACCGACUGCGAGACAUCGACUACUACAGUCUUCCCCUUCGCAUCUUCAUAGUGGGAGCGGGAUGCAGCGAGGAUCGCAAAGAGGUUACCGACAAUGAUGAUGACCUCUCGGUGGCGGUCGGAAGGAGGAAAAGAAAUGCGAUGAAUCCAUUUCUGCAUCGGGCUCAUCCGAAUGUGAACACUAGAGUCUCGGCUGCGAAACGCUGGAUCUCCGAAACGUACGCCUCGUUUGCAAUACCCACUUCAGAUAAAUGGCAACGCAUCUGCCUGAAGAAGUCCCAAUUCAUCAAUUCGAUAACGGCUUUUCUGCCGCGAAGCAUAGCGAAGAACUGCACCGUGACCUUCGUCGAUCUGAACGACGAUCGUUUCAAGAUCGAGGCGAGUCAAGGGGAUCUCGUUGCCAGCGAAGACGUCUGCAUCCUGGAGCCUCUCUGGAAAGUCGUCGUGCUCUUCAACGCUCAAUGCAGCGGCAACAGAAUCCUCGACUCUGAUCACCGACUGAAGAUCGUCUACCAUCAUCAGAUCUUCAACGAUACAGACAUUGCGAAACGCGUGAGACGCGAAUUACGCAACCAAAGUCCAUUCUUCGAGCAGCAUUUGUACAUUGCAAGCGUUAUGGAGGAGUGUGAUCCAGGUGUUGCAGUCAUCACGAUGAAAGCGAGAGACCCGGAGAACAAUCUGAUGACAUACUCGAUGGUCAGUCUUCUGGAUUCGCGCACUCAAUCGAUGUUCGAUAUCGACACGAAAUCGGGACUAGUUACGACCAGUGUUAAAUUAGAUCGAGAAUUGGUGGAUGUGCAUUAUUUCAAGGUGUUAGCGACGGACGAUAGUUUCCCACCGAGGAGUGGUACAACAAUGCUGCAGAUCAACGUCCUCGACGCUAACGAUCAUACACCAGUCUUCGAGAUGAACGAUUACGAGGCUUCGGUUCGUGAAGGUGUCAGCGUAGGGACAACGGUGAUCACUUUGAAAGCCACGGAUCAGGAUUACGGGAAGAAUUCGGAGGUCGAGUAUAGCAUUCAGAGCGUCUUCGGUGGUGGAACAUCUAAGCCAGAGGAUGACAACAAGGUCUUCAAAAUCGACUCGAAAAGUGGUGUCAUCACAACCAGAUCCAGUUUGGAUAGAGAAACCACGGAAGUUUACACCUUGAUCGUCGAUGCUACAGAUCAGGCCACGCCGCAGAGCGCAAGAAGAUCUGCUAGCGCUACAGUUGUGAUCAACGUGUCUGAUGACAACGAUAAUUACCCUCAAUUCUCUGAGAGGGCGUACACCGUGAACAUCAGAGAGGACAUCAAUUGGUCCGAAAACCCCGUCGUUGCUCACAUAAAAGCUAGUGACGCUGAUCAAGGAGUAAACGCGGCAAUAAGAUACGCAAUAAUCGGCGGCAACACCCAAUCUCAAUUCACCAUCGACAGUCUAUCAGGAGACGUCACGUUGGUGAAGCCUCUGGAUUACGAGAUUUUGCGAAAUUACCGAUUAGUCGUGAGGGCUCAGGACGGAGGUAAUCCUUCCAGAUCCAACACCACGCAACUGUUGAUCAAAGUCGAAGACGUUAACGACAACGCACCUCGCUUUUACACGUCUCUCUUUCAAGAGAGCGUCUCCGAAAGUGUUUCCACCGGAUUCAGUAUACUAAAAGUGCAAGCAUUCGAUAACGAUGACGGUCUCAACGCCAACAUAUUAUAUAAUAUAGCGCCGAGGGAUGCGAGCGGCGCGAGCACCGAAGACAUUCCUUUAACAGUGGAUGCUCAUUCUGGUUGGAUUUACACGACGAAGCAGUUGGAUCGCGAGGAGCAAUCGAAGUACAUGCUUCAGGUGAUAGCACGAGAUCAAGGAAAUCCACCGCUUUCGGCUACAGCGAGUAUAGUGAUAACGGUGCAAGAUGUCAACGACAACGAUCCUGUCUUCGAGCCGAAAGUCUACGAAGCUUUGGUCUCUGAAGACGAUCCUCCUGGAACGCAGGUGACGACUGUCACGGCUUCGGACGCUGAUGAAGAUACGCGUCUUCAUUACGAAUUGUCGAAUGGAAACAGCAGGAACAGAUUUUCGAUUACCUCGCAGAACGGAAGAGGUUUGAUUACGAUUGCUCAACCGUUGGAUUACAAGCAGGAGAAGAGGUACGUUCUGGAGGUGACCGCUUCAGAUUCGGGUGGACGCAAAGAUAAAGCUACGGUUUACGUGAACGUGACGGACGCUAACAAUUUCUCUCCAGUCUUCGAAAACGCUCCGUACUCUGCGAGCGUGUUUGAAGAUGCUAUAGUCGGUACUACCGUUUUGGUUGUGUCUGCAAGUGAUAAUGAUGUUGGUUUGAAUGCGGAGAUUACGUACUCUUUGGGAGAAGACACCAAUUUGGAUAGGCCUCAGGAUUUUACGAUUAAUCCGCAAACUGGGGCUAUAGUUACCGCGAAAACUUUGGAUCGUGAAGUGUUGAGUGGGUAUAUUUUGACUGUGACUGCUAAGGACGGUGGGAAUCCUCCGUUAUCGGAUACCACGGACGUGGAAAUUACAGUGACAGAUGUUAACGACAACUUUCCCAUCUUCCAGAAUACUCCGUAUUCUGGCAGCGUUUCUGAGGAUGCGUUAAUUGGCACGAGUAUUCUGCAAAUUGCAGCCACGGACGCUGAUAUAGGCUUGAACGGAAGAAUCCGUUACACCCUGAGUGAAAAGGAUAUCGAGGAUGGAUCUUUCGUAAUUGAUCCAACGAGUGGAGUGAUCAGAACUAAUAAAGGUUUAGAUCGAGAAUCGGUGGCUUCUUACACUCUGGAAGCUCACGCAAUUGAUAGGGGAAGCCCUCCAAGAAGCUCAACAGUCCCAGUUGUAAUCACCAUACUCGACGUCAAUGAUUCACCUCCAACUUUCGACACAGACAAAAUCGUUCUGUACAUUCCCGAAAACAGUCCCAUUCGCUCGACGGUUGGCGAGAUUCAAGCCAAAGACCCGGACGAGGGUCAAAACGCCAAAAUCGAGUACACCAUCAUCGGAGGUGAAGACUCUAAUUGUUUCUCUUUAGUCGCCAUCCCUGGAACGGAUAAAGCCGAGCUAAUAACAAUGACUGAAUUAGAUUACGAAAGUCCUAAGAAAAAAUACGAUCUCAUAGUUCGCGCUUCGUCCAGACCAUUAAGAAGCGACGUUCCUCUCGAAGUAAUCGUAACUGAUGUUAAUGACAAUGCGCCAGUCCUCAAAGACUUUCACAUCCUCUUCAACAACUUCAAGGAUCAUUUCCCAUCGGCUCCGAUCGGUCGAAUCCCAGCCUUUGAUGCCGACGUCUCGGAUCGUCUUCACUACCGCAUUUUAUCAGGAAACAACGCAAAUUUAGUGGCGCUCAAUGAGACUAGUGGACAAUUACAAUUGAGUCCUCAACUCAACACGAACGUACCGAAAGUUGCAACUAUGGAAGUUUCGGUCACGGAUGGCGUCAACGACGUCAAAGCGAUAAUGCAGCUCUCAGUGAAAUUGAUCACCGAAUCGAUGCUCUACAAUUCCAUCACCGUUCGACUCAACCAGAUGACCAAAGAGGCUUUCCUUUCACCGCUCCUCACCUACUUCAUCGAUGGCCUAGCUGCUAUUCUACCGUGUCCCAAAGAGAACAUAUUCAUCUUCAGCAUUCAAGACGACAUCGAUGUUAACUCGAAGAUUUUGAACGUCAGUUUCUCGGUGAAAAGACCGGACGUUCCUAAAGAGGAAUAUUACACUCAGCAGUUUCUCAAAGAACGUGUCUAUUUGAAGAGGUCCAUACUCGCCGCUAUUUCCACAGUGCAGGUGCUUCCUUUCGACGAUAACCUUUGCGUCAGCGAACCGUGCUUGAAUUACGAAGAGUGUUUAACAGUGCUGAAGUUCGGUAACGCUUCUGGUUUCAUUUCAAGUAGCACAGUCCUCUUCAGACCCAUAUAUCCAGUCACCGCAUUCACCUGCAGAUGUCCACUAGGUUUUACAGGUUCUAAAGAACAUUACCUUUGCGACACCGAGGUGAACCUUUGUUACUCCGCUCCGUGCCAAAACAACGGCACGUGUCGCGUCAAAGAAGGUGGAUACACGUGCGUCUGUCCACCGGAUUUCACCGGUCCAAACUGCGAAAUAAAACUAAACUCGGACACCUGCAAUUCGAACAUCUGCAAGAGCGGAUCGACGUGCACGAAGAGACUGAAAGGCGGUUUCGUCUGCGAGGAUUGUUCACCGGCAACCGGGUCCGAACACUACACGCCACUCUGCGAACUGAAGAGUCGCAGCUUCUCCGCGAAUUCCUUUCUCACCUUUCCCAGCUUAAAGCAGAGACAUCGAAUGCAUCUUCAACUAAGAUUCGCAACGACGAGUCGCAACGGUUUGCUUCUGUACAACGGAAGGUACAACGAACUGCACGACUUCAUCGCCUUGGAAAUCGUUAAUGCUUCGGUGCAGUUUUCCUUUUCGUUGGGAAGCGGUGUUACCAGAGCCACUGCGAGUCUUCCUGGCGGCGUUUCCGAUGGAGAAUGGCACACGGUUACGGUGCAUUACUUUAAUAAAUCUGUUACCAUCUCGUUGGAUGAUUGCGACACGGCUUUAGCUUUGGCGCACGGCGAAGAAUUGGGCGGAAGAUGGGAAUGCGCGGGCUACAGUCAGCACAUCUUGGAGAGUAGAUGCUCUUCGCUUACGGAAACUUGCCAUCGUUUCCUCGAUCUCACUGGGCCGCUGCAGCUCGGCGGACUUCCAACGUUGCCUGAAAAAUUCCAAGCGAUGAAUCAUCAUUACGUUGGAUGCAUCUCCGAUCUUGAGGUGGAUUACCAGUUUGUGGAUCUCAACUCUUUCGUUGCAGACAACGGGACGGUUGCGGGAUGCCCGGAAAAGCGGUCGUACUGCAGUUCGAAGCCUUGCAAGAAUGGUGGAGUUUGCAAAGAGGUUUGGUCUAUGUUCAGGUGCGAAUGUGCGGAGGGAUUCGGCGGAAAGGAUUGCGGGGAGAGCGUGAAUAAACCGUGGAGGUUUGAAGGUGACGGUACUUUGAGUUUUAUACCAACAUCUUUGAGACCCAUUCAGUUACCGUGGAUUAAUUCGAUGACGGUACGCACUUUGCAGCAAGACGCUUUCUUGAUGUCCGGGCAUUUGGGUCAAAAUAGCUCAGCAGUUCUUCAUAUCAGGAAUGGAUUGGUUGCUUACAGUUACAACGGUGAGAGUUUGAACUUUUCCGUUCCGAAAUUCGUUUCCGACGGACGCUGGCAUCGGAUCGACGUGCUUUGGUUGGGGACGGAGAUUAAGAUUUCGGUGGAUUACGGUGAAAGAACAGCCGUUGUUCCUUUCAACAGUAAAAUACAAGGUUUGAUCGUUGGAAAGAUCCUCGUCGGAGGACCGGACGAUACUUUCACCUUCCUCAACGCCGGUUACAACUAUUUCGAUGGAUGCAUUCAAGACGUGAGGAUUGGCAAUAACCAGCAGAUGUUGAACACUCCGACAGCCCGGAAGAACGUUUUGGACGGUUGCGAAUCUAAUGUUAAAUGUACAACAGAAUGCCCAGCGAAUGCGAAUUGCGUCGUCGAAUGGGGAUCCUCCAGAUGCGAGUGCCACGAAGGACACGUCGGUCCUCUGUGCGUUCCCAUUUGCUCCAAGAGUCCGUGCGAAAAUUCCGGACUUUGCGUAGAAGAACUAUCCACAAAAGGCUACAAAUGCGAUUGUAAUUCUACGAUUUACUCUGGAGAGUAUUGCGAGAAUCGUCAGGCUCAACCGUGUCCUUCCAGCUGGUGGGGAUUCCCUUUUUGCGGUCCGUGCCAUUGCGACGUCGAAUCCGGUUACCAUCCGGACUGCAACAAGAAGACGGGUCAAUGCAGAUGCAGGGAGAACCAUUACCAGCCUCCUGGAACGACGCAAUGCUUACCGUGCGAUUGUUACCUGACCGGUUCUUACAGUGCGAUCUGCGAUCAGCAGAGUGGACAGUGCAGAUGCAAGGACGGAGUUAUUGGAAAGAAGUGCGAUUCUUGUCCGAAUCCUUACGCGGAGAUAACGCUGCAAGGAUGUGAGGUCGUUUACGACGGUUGCCCGAGGAGCGCCUCGGAUGGAAUUUGGUGGCCGAGGACGUCUUUCGGCGCGGAAGCCACGGAGACGUGUCCCAAAGGCACACUGGGGAAAGCGUCAAGAUCGUGCGAUAAUCAGCUAGGAGGAUGGCAAUCCCCGGACCUCUUCAACUGCACCUCGGAAAAGUUCGUGGAACUACGCGUGAAGCUCUCAGCUAUAGAGAAAGAAACGGAUAGGAUUAACACUUUCGACGCAAUCAAUCUUGCCUCAGACUUACACAAAGCCACCAAUCACACAUCGAAUCUUUAUGGAGCAGACGUACUCAUCACCAAUGAUCUGAUCAUGGAGCUGCUGAAGCACGAAUCUCAAGUGCACGGAUUAAACUUGACGCACAGCCAAGAUAAAGACUACAUCUCCAAUUUGGUGUUAUCAGCUAGCUCGAUACUAGAUUCAAAGUAUUCUGAACAUUGGAAACGCAUCAAAGAGUUGACAGAAUCGAGCGGAGAAAAACUGAUUGCAUCCUUCGAAAAGUACAUCAACGUCCUUUGCGAGAGCAAAAGCGACAUCUACACAAAUCCAUUCGAAAUCGUUGCCUCUAACGUCGUUCUUGGUUUAGAUAUUAUUACCCCGGAUUCUCUUUACGGCCAAGAAAAGAACAGCAUUUCAAUCAUCUCCCCAGACAAUAGUUUCACAACUGAAAGAGUGGUAAUACCAGAUACUUCGCAAUUCUUGGAAAACUCUGAAUCGACUCAAUCGUUGGGUCCAUUAGUCUCGUUCCCGAAGUACAACAAUUACCUAAAAGACAAAAGCAAAUUCGACGUCAACUCGAAAAUUUUGGUACCGCUGAAAUUGCUUGGGAUAAAGCCUCUGGAGAUUGGCGAGCUGAGCACGAAGAACUCUAAACCUCUUUCUGGACCUGUCAUCAGUUACGUCCAAUACAAGCAAGCCGGAAAUCUGCUACCAGAUCUCUACGAUGAUUCCGUGGUGAGAAGAUGGGGUGUUGACAUAGCAAUUGGCUCACCGCUAAUUUCCCUAAGCAUCUUAAUACCCGAAUACGUGGAAGCUGUUAAUAAAACGAUAACUGAAAGGAAGAUAACGUUCGAAGAUAUCAAAGAACCUGAAUACAGUUUCCGGGAUUUUGAGAAGAAGAGUUUCAGCGAAGGCGCGAUUAGGGGACACGAAAAUGAGGCCCAAUAUUACAGAUUGGAGAGGGCGAAAAGGGAUGAGAGUGAGACCAGGAAGGUGUUGUUCAGGAGUUUAUCGGGAGUGAUGCUGCAUCUUCCGGUGCGUCUCCAGAUUUGGUUGGACGACGAGAAGAUGAUCUUCAACGAGAGAUCGAAUCCGCAAUGCGUCCAUUGGUCCACGGCAAGAGGGUUCGGCGAAUGGAGCAGGGUUGGUUGCCGGACGGAAGUCAACGAUGAUUGGUUCGAUAGAUACGACGGAGGUCCUCUAUUGGUCAAUUGCACCUGCAAUCAUCUAUCCACGUUUGCCGUGCUCGUAGACGUUGUCGAUCUUGAGUACAUUCCUGAGCCAUCUCUACUCGAGGAUAUAUCCAGUUACAGCUGCUUUUCGCUAUCUCUUCCUAUCCUCUUCGCGACAUACCUGAUCCUCGCGUUCCUUCGUGGAGCUCAGACCAACUCUAAUACGAUUCGCAAGAACCUGGUGCUCUGCGUUUUUCUCGCGGAACUGCUGUAUUUCGUGGCGCUGAAAGCGAGAAAACCCAUGGUGGGUAACGAAUUUGGGUGUAAAUUGGUGGCGAUGGGUUUGCAUUACCUGUGGUUAGGAGCGUUCGCUUGGAUGCUCGUCGACGCUCUUCAUCUCUACCGAAUGCUGACGGAGAUGCGCGACAUCAACCAUGGCCCUAUGCGAUUCUACUACUGCAUCGGAUACGUCCUUCCGGCGAUCAUCGUGAGCAUGGCCGUGGGAGUGCGAGCCCAUCAAUACGGAAACUAUUAUUUCUGCUGGGUUUCUCUUUACGAGAGCGUCAUUUGGAGCGUCGUUGGACCAAUAGGAAUAUUCGUUUUCUUCAAUGUGGGUGUCCUGAUGUUCGCCGUGCGAGCGGCUUUCACUCUGCAAGACCACGUCAUGGGUUUCGGAAAUCUUCGAACUUUACUCUGGGUCUCGGUGGUGGCGCUGCCGUUGUUAGGGGCGUCGUGGGUGUUGGCGUUGUUGGCCGCCUCAGAGAAACACCCCCUUCUGACUCCGAUCCUAUCAUUGGCUGUCCUCGUGCACGCUCUCUUCUCGUUGCUGGGAUACUGCGUUGCUAAUAACAGAGUAAGGCAGAACUUGGUUAGAACCAUUUUGAGGUGCAUGGGUAGAAAAGUACCUUUGCUGGAGACGAAUUCGGUGGCUGGAGUGGCUAGCACUAGCAGCCAAAAUCUGAACGCCCAAUCGAGAUCCGCCUUGGCGUAUCACAGCUCAGCCAUGGAUGCAGCUAGGAGGAAUAUAGGUAUUUCCACUUCGAGUACUACGUCCAGAUCCACCACCAAGACUAGUUCAAGUCCCUACAGGAGCGAUACCCAUUUGAGACAUACCUCUACGAGUACUUCUAAUUACAAUUCGACGAGCGAUGUUCCUUCGUAUCUUAGAGGUUUCGAGCAGGACGGUGGUAUGCAUAGGCACAGGGAGGUGGUAGAGGACAGUGGGCGUAGAGAUCGCAGAGAUGGGCGUGACAGUGAUUCGGAUUCGGAUGGAUCUGAAGGGCGGAGCCUCGAAUUGGCUUCCAGUCAUUCCAGCGACGACGACGAAUCAAGCGCGCGUAGACACCGGGGCAGGAUGGGCGGAAGGCAGGGUUAUCUUCCGAACAUCACCGAACAUGUUGUCACCAGGUGCGGCACGCCUCCCGCCCUCAACGUCGUCACCAAAUCGCAGCUGUUUCCAUCGGUGCAACCGUACGCGCCCAGAUGGUCCAGCCAAUUACCCGAGGCAUAUUUGCACAGUCCACCAGUGCCUGAAGUCGGAAGAUGGUCUGCGGAGACGGGCUCGGACAACGAGUUCUGCCACAAGAGCCCGAAUCCGCUACCCAAUCCGGAUAUAACCCCAGACACGUGUCUGCCAUCCAACCAAUCGGAGCAGUACAUGAUGCGCGCCCACUACGAUCCUCAGUAUGUUACGAACAUGGCGCAUACCAAAGCCGAGUACAUGGGUAAACUGGUGUCACCGCACGAGAACAUCAACUACCAGGAAUAUGCAGAGAGAUGCUCAGACCUCGACGAGAAACACCACAUCAACGACAAAUACUUGUUCCCAUACACAGCCGAGGAAGACCAUAUGGCAUCCCAUAAUAAUUACAUGCAUCACCCAUCCAGUAGAAUCAUGUCCCCAAUCACAAACGACGUAAACAAUCCCGGGAUGGAUUAUCAUGGGUCCAGGAUGGGAUCGAGGAUGGGCUCGGUGCUGGGUUCGGUGCACGGUUCGAUAUGCGGAAGCACCAGGGGUUCCCCAUCUCCAUUGAUGCCUCCCGUCACGAUGAUGCAUUCCAACCAUCAUCCGGUGGAUCCUACGCAAUUUUCUUCUUUCCGAUUGGUUUAGAUGGUGUUGGGAAUAUGGCAUUAACAAAUAACGGGAGUGGUAGUGGGAAAAUAAAUCAGGCAAAGAAAAAAAAUAUAAUUAAUAUUUAGAGAAAGGGAAAAAAUUAUAUAAAAUUAACCAAAAACAUUAAUAAUCGAGAUAAUAUACAUAGGGAGACAAUGCAAUGUAUUUUUGUUAUUCUG